CCAGCAGGUGGCACUUAAAACCUCACUAGUUCAUUCAUCAAACAACUUCAUUUCUGGAUUGAGAGAAAAAAUGGCUCAAGCAUUGGCAAUGCCAGUAGCUCCUUCACUUUCAGUUAUCUACAAAGGAGGAAACCCUAAAAACAAUCCUUUCACCAACACACUCACUUUCUCAAGGUCCAAUUCUGUUAAGGUACAAGGUUUAAGUAUCAGAUGUGCUCGUGUUGGAGGAGUUGAAAUACCUAACAACAAAAGGAUUGAAUACUCACUUCAGUACAUUCAUGGGGUUGGUCGAACUAGAGCUCGUCAAAUUCUUGGUGAUCUUAGUAUGACUAACAAAAUUACUAAAGAUCUUUCUGAAGAAGAAUUGAUUAUUAUUCGUGAGGCUGUUUCCAAGUACACUAUUGAAGGAGACUUGAGGCGUUUCAAUGCUCUUAAUAUUAGGAGAUUGAAGGAAAUUCAGUGUUAUAGAGGAGUAAGACAUAUUCAAGGAUUGCCUUGCAGAGGACAACGUACAAAGAACAAUUGCAGGACUCUAAAGGGUAAGAGAGUUGCAAUUGCUGGAAAGAAGAAGGCACCACGUUAGUUGUCUGAAUUUGGUUUUGUUGUUUACAUGUUAUAAUUCUAGCUUUUCCUAACUGUAUAAGAAAAAAAACAUGGUAUGCAAUGGAUGAGGUUUUCUGAUUGUUUUGUAUGAAAGCUGAUUUGUUCAGUGUGGUGCAGUGCAGUUCAAUUGGUAAUUAUUUGCAUUCAAAUCGAACAGUUGUGAGCUAUAUCUUUAUUGUACUUGCUGUGCAUUAUGUUGUUUAUUUUGAAAUGUAAAUUGCUGCUUUUGCUUCUUCUUGUU